CGCUCGGCAACGUAAUGUUGCUGCUCUCCCUAGCCUAUAAGUACACCGCAAUACUACAGUCAUCGGCAAGAGGAAGAACAAAGAAAACUAAUUAAGAUAGAUAUCGAGAAGAUGGCGUCUACGCCUGCAGUUUGCUCCGUCAAUGAAGUUCAGGGGCUGCGAAAGGCUCCGACCUUUCACCCAAGUCUGUGGGGUGAUUUCUUCGCCACUUUCCAGCCACCCACUGCACAUCAGCGUGCAUACAUGGCAGAAAGAGCCGAAGUGUUAAAAGAACAAGUUAGGAAGAUGCUGAAGGGCGCAAAUGAAGUACCAAAAAUACUGGAUCUUGUAAUCACAUUGCAACGGCUUGGACUGGAUAGUCACUACGAGAAUGAGAUGGACGAGCUGUUGAACUUUGUUUACAAUUCCGAUUACGAUGAUAAAGAUUUGAAUUUAGUUUCACUGCGAUUUUAUCUUCUACGAAAGAAUGGCUAUGAUGUGUCAUCUGAUGUGUUUCUAAACUUUAAAGAUAAGGAAGGAAAUUUUGUUGCUGAUGAUAUAAAAAGUCUCUUGAGCUUAUAUAAUGCAGCAUACCUUAGGAUACACAUGGGGAGAAAGUACUUGAUGAAGCCAUUAUAUUCACUAGAGGCCAACUUAAAGCUGCAUUAGGUUCUUUGGAAUCGA